GGACCGACUUCCAGCGCUGCUGUUUGGGAGUCUCACGGAAAACAUGGCGGAGGCUGCGGCGGUCUCUCCGCAUCGCUUCUUCUGUCACUGUUGUAAGGGUGAAGUGAGCCCUAAACUCCCGGAGUUUAUCUGUCCCAGAUGUGACUCAGGCUUCAUUGAGGAGGUUACAGAAGACUCCAGUCUUCUGGACAGUAGUUCAAAUAGCCUUGAUGACACAGCUUCACAGUUUGCUGAGCUAUGGCAGCUGUUGUUUGUGGAGAGGCCGUUUAGUAUGGAUCUAGACAGUCCUGAUGCCGAGCGAGUCCUUGGAGGUGGUGGUGGUUCUGGGAGUCUUGGAGUAGGGUCAUUUGGCGGUUCUGUCCCAGGUGGGCUUGGUGGACCCCUAGGGAGCCCUUUAGGUGGAGGAGAACACUGGGGUUCUCGUCCUCGCCUGCACAGUCAGAGGAGGUACCGAUCCAGAGGAAGCAGUCGACCAGAUCGCUCUCCUGCUGUUGAGGGAAUAGUACAGCAGUUUCUAGCUGGCCUUUUCGCUAAUUCAGGAGUACCAGGCUCUCCUCCACUAUCAUGGACUGGCAUGCUGCACUCAAACCCUGGGGACUACGCCUGGGGACAGGGAGGUCUGGAUGCAGUUAUCACACAGUUACUGAGUCAGUUUGAGAACACAGGUCCCCCUCCUGCUGACAAAGAGAAAAUCUCCUCCCUCCCCACAGUUAACAUCACUCAGAAACAUGCUGAAUGCAAUAUGGAAUGCCCUGUAUGUAAAGAAGACUACAAGGUUGGCGAACCAGUCAGGCAGCUACCCUGUAACCACAUUUUCCAUAGCGAAUGCAUCGUGCCCUGGCUUGAAAUGCACGACACGUGUCCUGUGUGCAGGAAGAGUCUGAACGGGGACGAUAGUAGUACUCAAUCCACAUCAGAGCCUUCUUCCCGAAAUACUGAUCCUCGCACACCAGAGAGAUGGUCCUUCUGAGACAUACACGUCCGCCCAUCUCACCCUAAACCCUGUGUCUGACUCAGAUUGUGGGUUUGCACCAUUUGGCUCUCUCUGUCUUAACCCAAGCUUCUGUUUCUUUAUCCUUUUUUUCCUCUAUUUGUUUGUUUAUCAUCUCUUGUGGUCAUCUCUCAACACUAGUUUGUUUUUACUAUGUUUUGUUUACUCUCUUCUUAUUUGUGUCUAAGAGUCUAUCCCACUGUAUUUCUGUCUAUCCAUAUUCCCAGAAGUCUUUGGUUCCUUCUAGAGUUAUUUGAAGCAGUUUGCCCAGAUAUACCCUGCCUGUUUCUACAAUGAUUUGAACAAACAAACAAACAAACAAUGCAGGAUGAGGGUAAGAUUGUGCAUAUGUAGUUACUACAGCAGCACAAUUCCCAACCCAUACUUGGAAUGUACAGUAUUCUGUUUCCCAUAGAAACAAACUGUACUCCCUGGAUAGCACCUCUUAUUGUUCAAUGUGAAUAUUUGUUGGGAUGGGGGUGCCGUGUCUUUGCGGUUUAUAAAAGUUCCUUUUCCCAAGACCUUUCAUUGUUCUAUCAAUCAUGAAAUUUUGUUUCCUUCCCUCCAGCUCUGGUGUGUAUAUAUCACAAACCCAUCAGUUCAGUUGCGUUAAAAGCCUGAAAAGUUCUUUUCACUCUUUUUUUUUUUGUUCUCUUAUACAGUUUUUUUCUAAUGUAAAUAAUUUUAGUUGGAAAACUCAUUUAAGGAAGACAAAAAAAAAACACUGAUGAUGAAAAUGACAGUGAAUUGCUAAAAAGUAUAUAUAUAAAUAUAUAUUAUAUGAUGUGUAUGACCAUGAUGUAUUAAUAAUAAAACUGAAUAAAAACCAGGAAA